GACAACACAUGGUGGACGAGCUGAUUCGACAGACGGACGGACGGACAGACGGACGGUGAAUCAUUGCUCUCAGCGGAAACAUACUGCGGGAGGAAACGUGUUGACGGAGCCGGGACACUGUUGCUGCUGGGACUCAGUCUUUCACAGACAGAGGAGGACACAAACACCGUGCAGCCUUCACCGUGCUGGUCAGCAGACACGUCCGGAGAAAGACAGAAAAACAACGUAUGUUGGUGCCGCUGCAGUGAUCUGGAGACUGCAGGAGCAGGAGGAGGAGGAGGAGGUCCGCAGGUGGACAGCAGGAUGUCUCUUCCAUGUCCCACCUGCUAUUGAAGCUCUUUGUCCCUCACUGGAACCGAAGUGACCAUGAAGGACACGGGGGAAUCGAAGGACCACCAACUCACGGUUGCGUUGAGGAUCCGACCCCUCAGUGUUGCCGAGCAAGAGGAGUCGGCUACGGUCGUGGCCCACAGAGUGGACGAGCAGAUGGUGGUUCUGAUGGACCCGAUGGAGGACCCGGAUGACAUCCUGCGUGCCAACCGCUCCAGAGAGAAAACAUACGUGUUCGACGUGGCUUUUGACUAUUUGGCCAAUCAAGAGGAGGUGUACAGAGCUACAACCAAAGGGCUCAUUGAAGGCCUCAUAUCAGGCUACAAUGCAACUGUGUUUGCCUAUGGCCCCACAGGUUGCGGGAAGACCUACACCAUGUUGGGAACAGACAAGGAGCCGGGCAUCUACGUCCGCACGUUAAAUGACCUGUUCCGUGCCAUUGAGGAGACCAGUGACGACAUGCAGUACAGCGUCUCCAUGUCAUAUUUGGAGAUCUACAAUGAAAUGAUCCGUGACCUUCUGAACCCAUCCUCUGGCUUUUUGGACCUGAGAGAAGACUCAAAGGGAGUGAUUCAGGUGGCAGGCAUCACUGAAGUGUCCACCAUUAAUGCUCAAGAAAUCAUGGAACUGCUAAUGAAGGGGAACAAACAGCGGACCCAGGAGCCCACAGCCGCCAAUCAGACGUCGUCUCGCUCCCAUGCUGUGCUGCAGGUGGCUGUCAAGCAGCAGAGCCGCUGUCGAGAUGUCCUGCAGGAGGUCCGCUUCGCACGCCUCUUCAUGAUCGACCUUGCUGGCUCCGAGCGAGCAGCACAGACCCAGAACAGGGGUCAGAGGUUAAAAGAGGGAGCCCACAUCAACCGCUCCCUCCUGGCCCUGGGCAACUGCAUCAACGCCCUGAGUGACAAAAACGGCAACAAGUAUGUCAACUACAGAGACAGCAAGUUGACUCGUCUUCUGAAGGACUCUCUGGGCGGGAACAGUCGAACCGUCAUGAUCGCUCAUAUCAGCCCUGCCUCUGUGGCUUUUGAGGAGUCUCGCAACACGCUGACCUAUGCUGAUCGUGCCAAAAGCAUUCGUACACGGGUAAAGAAGAAUCUGAUCAACGUGUCCUACCACAUUGCUCAGUACACAAACAUCAUCUCUGAUCUGCGCUGUGAGAUUCAGAGACUAAAGAAAAAGAUUGCAGAUCAGGCGAGCCGACAGGUGAACUCCGACCGAGCGGACAUCCGCCAUGUCCAGGCUGAAGUCCAGGCUCAUUCCAGCCAGAGUCGAGACGAGAUGGACAGGUUGAGGGAGCAGCUUCUGGAUGCCUUCCGUCAACAGAUGGAAAUCAGGAAGAGCUUGAUGGAGCUGGACAACAGCAACAUGGAGAUCCAGAUGGACACCUCCAAACACCUGCUGACCAUUGCAGAUUGGGAACAGGAGCGAAGUCGACGCAGGAGGAAGUGGCGUGCAGAGAGGAAGAAAGAGAGCAUGAGUAAGGAUGAAAGCGAGAAGGACUCUGACUCCCCAGAGUCUCCUCCUGACAGCACGGAGACGAGGGAAGUGGCGAUUGCCCGGGAAAAUCUAGUCGCACUUAUGGCUGAGCAGAAAAGGAUCCAUAAACAAAAGACAUUGUUGGAGCGCAGGUUUCUGGAGCUUCAAGAUCACGCCCGCCGCUUAGAGGAGCUGCUUCCUCGGCGGGUCAGCUCAGAGGAGCAGCGUGAGGUGCUGGGCCUCCUCUGCAAGGUCCACGAGCUGGAGAUCGAGAAUGCAGAGAUGCAGUCGCACGCACUACUCAAGGACAACGUCAUUCGCCAGAAGAACUUUGUGGUGCAGCGCUUUGCGCAGCACAGACACCUGUGUGAUGAGAUCAUUCAGCAGCAGAGACAGUUCAUCGAUGACCACAGUCUGCUGGUCCCCCCUCACCUUCAGGAGCUCUAUGAUAUUUACAUGAGGGAGCUGGAUGAGAGGAAGCUUGACAGAGCAAUGGCUCUGGAUAAGACUAUGACCAGCAGACACGCUCUAAAGGAGGGCUCUUUGCCUAAGAUCACUCUGUCCAGUCAGGGUCGUAACAACACUCAGGAUCUGGACUCAGAUCAGGAGAGUGUACGAAACAUGUGCUCCGAUAACAGACGGGGGCCAGGCAAAAUACGCAGACAUACCCUCCCUCCAAUUCUGCCCGAGCCUGAGCUGGAAAACAGAGUUUUUAAGAGCAGCCCUCAUGCCAGGCAAUUGAAAAAUUCAGCAGUAAUGACGCCACCGCCUAUUCAUGGCAAGGGUAACAGAGAGCUCCAGCCGUUGGCUCCUGAGAUCUCACUGAGCUACAGUCACCUCAGCCACAGUGUCAGCAGCCAAGUGGACUCAUCACCUGAGAGCAGUGAGGCCAGUGCUGAUAUCCCACUGUCACAUUCUGAGAGGCAGCAGAUCCUAAAGGGGGUUCAGAACAUUGUAGCAAAGGCCGCCUGUCGUCGCACCAAGGCCUUGGAAUUAGAUGCCCUGCGAUUACCACAGCCCUCAUCUCCCCUGGAUCCCAAAAAGCAGAAAAGUAGCCUUUCCAUGGGUGAAACGCCCCCUAGAGGUCUGCCUAUGCGACAGGACCGACAGCCUAGCCCUGAACUUAGACAUGCCACCUCGGACGAUAACUUGUCCAGCAGCACCGGGGACGGACCUGGCCCUCAGGUGACCUGGACGCGACCUCGCAACCGUCAAGUUACUAACAAAAAUCAAACCCCCAGAGAAGUGGACUUUGAGGCUCGUCGUAAGAAGAGGCGCUCACGUUCUUUUGAAGUCACCGGUCACGCACUCCCUCAAACCAAGACAAUGACAGCUCAGAGGUUUCGACCUCUGGAUAGCACAUCAGACCCUCAUCUUCACAUCAAUGGUCACCCCCAGGGCCCUGGACUCCGUCCACAUCACAGAGGGAUCCCUCUUCUCGCCAAACUCCGAGCACCCCACACUGGCCAGCAGAUGGGCUCAAAUGCAGAGUCCUCCACACAUUCAAAUAACAUGAAGAGAGGACCACAUCUACGUCAACCACAGCCUCUGCUCUAUAUCGCCACCACGGGUGCUGGAGGGCAGCGCACCCGCAGACACUGAGCUUUCCCACCGUCAUCUUCAACACCAGCACCAGCUCCCACACUCAAGCUGACACUGACUGAAAUGAACGUCAGUGAUUGACAACAGACAUGAGUGUGAGGCAGUGUCGUGGAGGAAAACCUCACCGUAGCUGGAUGCCUUCACACAUGGUCUCCUUAUGGACAUUGAUGGCGCUGACAGGCUGUAAACUGACAAGCCUACAGAUGCUGAAGUCUCCUCCCAUGGUUUCACUUCAGCCUGCUGUUGAAUAACUGUUAUUGUGAUGUCAGGAUGGUGUCGAGCUAGUGUCAAUGCACAAUAUUUGGUGCAUUAUGAGUCUAUAAAGUGUGGUGAUAAUCUGUGCUUUUUAUAAAGGCCAUAAACCAAGACAGUGAGCUGCGGAUGAGGGCUCACAGUAAUAAUUAAUGAGGAUCACAUGGGUGUAUUAGACUAAAUAAAAAUGACAGGUCAUUACAUUGAUGUGAAUAUAAUGGAAUGGUGCGCAAAGGCCUACUGUCAAAAUGUUCAUUAUCAGUGUUUCGUGUAGUGAGGUUGAAACACUGAUCUGACCAAACAGAUGAAAAUCUUCACUGUUGACACUGGUCUAAGGUUAACCUUGUGUUCUGUCCUUCCACAUGCCUUUCUUACCCAAACAAAUGUGUUUGUUGUGUAGAUAGUGACAAAGUUCAGUGUCACAGGAUGCUUUUUCAGAUUAGGUGUCUGUAUUUUUAUUGAAUUAUUUAACGUUGCCUUUUCUGUUAUGUUGUUGCUGUUGUCAUUGUUUUCAUAUUUAGUACUUUCUACUUUGUUUUGUACACUUUUUAUUUGUACACAAAUAAAUUCAAAUGAGUUUCCUUUAUAUUUAUGAAAAUAGUGCAUUAGUGUUUGUGAUCGAUUUAAAUGCUUACAUACAUAGGUUAACAUGUUAAGUACAUUUACACAUAAUAAUUUAACUAUCGAUAGUGACAUUAUUCCUGCCUACAAAAUGAAAUCUUCAUAACAGAGGUCCAUUGAUUUGGUUUUCUGCUGUUU